GACAUUAGCUGGCUGCUCACAGAGUCUCAUCUCGGCUGUUUCUCAUUCACAGGACGAAGGGUGGAAGCCGUUGCUGGAGAUGAACUGUUGGUGUGAAUAAUGACGAGUCCCGUCCUCGCUGUUUGAACAUGCUGCUUGGGUAGCGAAGCCAACCAAGAGGAGCGUCUACCCUCUUACACUGCUUCCCCUCUGGACACACACACACUCGCAGAGUCGGCUCAAUUCAAGCACAACCAACCAUGCUGAUCAAGGAGUAUCGUAUCCCCAUGCCGAUGAGCGUGGAGGAGUACCGCAUUGCUCAACUCUACAUGAUCCAGAAAAAGAGCAGAGAGGAGAGUUGCGGCGAGGGGAGCGGGGUGGAGAUCUUGGAGAACAAACCCUAUGAGGACGGUCCCGGAGGCUCGGGUCAGUACACCCACAAGGUCUAUCACAUCGGCAAACACAUCCCGUCCUGGUUCUGUGCCAUCCUGCCUCAAGCUGCCCUGCGAGUGGAGGAGGAGUCCUGGAACGCUUACCCCUAUACACGAACCCGGUAUACGUGCCCCUUUGUAGAGAAAUUCUCUAUAGAUAUCGAGACAUACUAUAAACCAGAUACUGGAAAUCAAGUGGAUGUCUUCAAUCUUUCUUCUGCUGAGAAAAGACAGAGGACUGUAGACCCCAUAGACAUCGUGAAGGACUACAUCCCUCCUCAUGAAUACCUUGUGGAAGAAGACCCAAAGCUGUACCAGUCAGUCAAGACCAAACGGGGCCCGCUGUCGGAGGACUGGAUCGAGGAGAUCAACCAGAGUUCCAGUCAGAGUGCCGUCAUGUGUGCAUACAAGCUCUGCAAAGUGGAGUUCAGAUACUGGGGCAUGCAGUCCAAGAUCGAACGCUUCAUACACGAUGUGGGCCUGCGUAAAGUGAUGGUUCGAGCUCACCGGCAGGCGUGGUGCUGGCAGGACGAGUGGUAUGGCCUCACCAUUGAGGACAUCAGGCAGCUGGAGCUGGAGACUCAGCUGGCUUUAGCCAAGAAGAUGGCCCAGUACAGCCUUAAUGAGGAGGGGGGAACGGAGACCAAUGGCUCCUCAGUCAGCCAGGACCAGGAGCAGGGAGCAGAGGCAGAGGGGUCGACGGCAGAGGCAGAGGGAGCUGGAGGGAAGCUCGGAGAUUCACUGGAGACACGAGGGGAGCUCACCAAGCAGUGGUCGACAUCCUCCAGAUCCUCCAACAGGUCGUCAAAGAGAGGAGGUAGUCCAUCCCACCAGAGUAUUUCAGAGUGGAGGAUGCAAAGCAUCGCCCGGGACUCUGAGGACAGCACAGACGACGAGUUCUUUGAUGCUCAUGAGGACUUCUCUGAUAAUGAGGAAAUGUUUUCCAAAGAGAUCACCAAGUGGAGCUCUAAUGACCUGAUGGACAAGAUAGAAACAAUAGAGGUGGAUGAAGCACAAGAAACUUUGUAUCAAGAGUCGGGCGGAGAGUAUUCCGUCAUGAGCAAUGAGGAGACGCAGAUGGAGGACUGUUCGUCACAGCAGUGUCUCCAGCCGUCCAAAAUCCACGUCCUCGUUCUGGUCCUGCAUGGAGGCAACAUCCUGGAUACUGGCUCUGGUGAACAGAACAACAAGCAGGGAGAUGUAAAUACACUGAGCGGGGCUUUUGAGACUGUGAUGAGGGUCCAUUAUCCUGCAGCACUUGGCCGCAUCGCCAUCCGGAUGGUGCCCUGUCCUGCUGUGUGUGUCGACGCAUUCUCACUAGUGUCCAAUCUCAGUCCCUACAGCUACGAUGAGAGUUGUCUGUCCAGCAGUCAGGACCACAUCCCGCUGGCCGCGCUGCCUCUCCUGGCCACCUCUGCGCCACAGUACCAAGACGCCGUAGCAACAGUCAUCUUACGAGCCAAUCAGGUGUACAGUGACUUUAUCAGAUCUUUAGAAGGAGCGUCUUUUAAUGGCCAGGUGUGCGUUAUUGGGGACUGUGUUGGUGGUAUCCUGGGAUUUGAUGCUCUGUGCAGCAGCGCUGUGACGGUGUCAGAAAGCCAAAACAGCAGCAGACGGGGCAGUACCAUCAGUGUUCAGGACACAGACCUCCUUUCUCCAGGUAUCGUCAUAAACAGCGUCUCUCCUUCCUCGCCAUCUCUCGAAGGAAGUCGCCAUCUCAGCCGUAGCAACAUUGACAUCCCUCGCUGCUCGGGCCCCGAUGACCCCAAGAAACAGCUUCCACGCAAGCGCAGCGACUCGUCCACGUAUGAGCUGGACACCAUCAAACACCACCAGGCCUUUUUGUCCAGUCUUCACUCCAGUGUUCUCCACGGAGAGCCUGGAUCACGGCGCUCCAGCAACAGCACCAUGUUGGAGGGAGGCUCGUUGGGAAAGUUUGACUUCGAGGUGACUGAUUUCUUCCUGUUUGGCUCUCCUCUGGGGCUGGUGCUUGCACUGAGGAAGACUGUGGUGCCCUCCUUAGAUGUGUCGGCUCUGCGUCCAGCUUGUCAGCAGGUUUACAACCUAUUUCAUCCAGCUGACCCCUCAGCCUCCCGCCUUGAGCCUCUCCUGGACAAGAGGUUCCACCUGCUGCCUCCCUUUAGCGUCCCCCGCUAUCAGCGCUUUCCUCUGGGGGACGGACACUCAGCUCUCUUGGUGGAGACAGUGCAGAGUAACCCUCAGCUUCUGAUGGAAUCUAGUGGUGCAGCAUUCCACCGCUGCCCAGAAAGCAUCAGUGAGACGUCCAUCCCCGUGCCUGUCCUCAACUGGCAGACCUCACAGCUCCACACUGAGACGGAUACUCUUCACUCACAUAUUUUUGUCGAUGGCCAGUACCCCUCAUCCACCUCUCCAGGGGUCCCACACCUCCGUUGCAACCGCAGGGCAAGUGAGGCCAGCAUAGCCAGCCAGGUGUCGGGUUUAGCCGACUCUUACACCGCCUCCAACAUUGCCACAACAAACAAAUGUGAAGUGAGCCAUGCUAAAAGGCCCAGUCUGCUGUCUCAGCUGGCUCUGCCCUACAAUAGGCUUGCCUCUCGGAGCCCGUCCUUUCGGGCCCGCCAGAAAAUCCGUCGGGUGUUCCCGAGACCCAACGGUGUGGAGUCUGAGCAGAGCUCGGAUGUUAGCUCUGACAUUACCUCUGAUUUGACCUCUGACCUCACCGAUGUCACGUCUGACAUCACAGACAUCAGCUCAGCGCCUCCGUCGCCCGGGGUGCUGAAGAAUAUAGAGCAAGGUACCCUGGGAGCUGUAGUGAAAUGGCAUUAGGAAAGGAUGCUUGGAUCCUUCCUCAUUCACUGUGCUCUGUCCUUCCUCCUUUGGCCUCCUCCUAUCUCACAUAGUUCUCCUCAGUUAUCCUACUUCCAAAGCUAUAUAUGAGGUCCACAGCGCUUUGUGUACGACUUCUCCGAAACUUAGUACCACUGCUGUCCUUUAUUUUACUAAAGGGAUUCCUAACCAGGAUUACUUGUACCUUAGAGGAUAUUUGUGCUGCCGUGGGGGGUGAUGUGGGAAAC